ACAAAAAACAAGACACACCAACUCUCUCUUUCUCUCUCUCUCUCUCGACCUCAAUCACUUUGAGCCAUGGAGGAGGUGAUCAUGAGGAAACAAACUUUCAUGGACGGCUCCACUCCGUCCCCUCUAUCGGUCCGUCGAGACUCGAGACCAAUCGCCAAAGUCAGGCCCAAGAUCCGCAUAAUCCACAUAUUUGCGCCCGAGAUCAUCAAGACUGAUGCUGCGGACUUCCGCGAACUCGUCCAGAGGCUCACAGGAAAACCCACGCCGAAUCCCGAUCAGGCCCAUGUCAAACCUGCAGGCUCCAGCAAGAAGAAACGCCCAAAGGUUCCCCGGAAAUUAAAUGAUGAUCCAGCUGGGAGUAUGGCGAAUCUGCACGACAAGCCCUCGAUGAUCACUAGAAAGAUGGAACCGUUUGGCGGUUUGAUCAGUAAUACUACUUCUCAACACGAAGACUACUUCUCGGGGUUCUCAGACAUAGACCGCUUCAUCCAGGAUAUCAGUGAGUUGCCCUUAUUGCCUUUGGAUCCAUUUCAUCACAGUCAUUCGUCCUUCGAAGCAAGUCAACUUUCCUAGAGGAAGGAGAUGGAGCUUAGCUUUUGGGUGCUCGAUCGGUUUAGCAAAACAAGGUUUUGCUUCUGUCUUUGUGGGAUUCUGAACAUGAUUCGUGACUCGAUUGAGUCGACUGUCCGAUAUGUGGUACCAAAGUCGAGCUCAUUUCUUCCUUAUAAAUACGAGGAGGAUAGAGGUUGGCGGUUGGUCAGUCAGUCUCCCGAAACCUCUUAGUAUCGAUCUAUGACCAAUGUAUAGACUACCGAUUUUCAUCAUAGGUAAGUUUAAUAUAGAAAAGCUCUAUUGCUGCAAGUAUCUGGACUGCAGCAGCUAUAUAUAUAACUUGGACCACGCCUCCAUUCCGAUCUAAUGUGACCUAAUUCGUGAUGAACUGGGAUUUCUUUCUCUUUUUGAUUAUUUGAGGUUGAGGGUUUUACAUUCCUAAGGGUUCUGCUUGUUUUGUGAGUUGAAUAGUGGCAUUUGAAUCUUUAGAUGUCCUUCCUAUAUAUGUUCUCUA